ACCGCGCAGGCGCAGGAUACGCGGGUAGCGCGCCAGGCGGAGGGUCGGUGUUUGUGGGUCUUCGCGCGUGUCCCGGGAGCGAAGCCGGGUCGCUGAAGCAAAUGUCUGACAACGAAGACAAUUUUGAUGGUGAUGACUUUGAUGACGUGGAGGAGGAUGAAGGGCUAGAUGACUUGGAGAAUGCUGAGGAGGAGGGCCAGGAGAACGUCGAGAUCCUUCCCUCUGGGGAGCGGCCACAGGCCAACCAGAAGCGAAUCACCACCCCGUACAUGACCAAGUACGAGCGGGCCCGCGUGCUGGGCACCCGAGCUCUCCAGAUCGCGAUGUGUGCCCCCGUGAUGGUGGAGCUGGAGGGGGAGACAGACCCCUUGCUCAUCGCCAUGAAGGAACUCAAGGCCCGAAAGAUCCCCAUCAUCAUUCGCCGCUACCUACCCGAUGGGAGCUAUGAAGACUGGGGGGUGGACGAGCUCAUCAUCACCGACUGAGCUGGCGUCUCCUGACCUCGCCCCACGCCCCGUUUCUAGUACCAUUUUCUACAUGUAAAUAAUAAACUAACCCGCCUCCCCACCUCCUCCUCCAGCUUC